AUGAACCAUCAGAACAGAUCAUCAUCACUAUCGUCCUGUCUUUCACAAUGCAACUUUCUUGGUACGUCCAAUCAACAUUCAACACCCAACAUUGAAGAAAGCCAAGAAUAUACCCGGCAGGAAAUGAAAGACUCAGAAGGUAUGCUUGCAACGGAACUGAACAAACUGAGUUUGCAAGAAAGAAAUGAGGCCCUAGAAGACAUUCAUUGUGUCGGACAUGACCUGGAGGAAACACCCGAGCUUGUGCAAGAGAUACUUGCGAAAUUCGAUCAAACAGUUCAACGGCAACAAAAACAGGAUCCCACCUACCAAGAGGUGGCAAAGCGGCAUCGAGCAUACGUUGAAGAUCCUUCCUUUCGCUUGAAGUUUCUCAGGGCUAAUAUGCACAAUGUUGGCAGAGCAGUAAGUCAAAUGUUCCACUUCCUUCGAAACAAGGCCAAGUACUUUGGCAACGAUUGCGUGGGUCGUGAAAUAACUUUUGAUGACUUGAAUGAGGAGGACCGACAACUGUUACUGUCAGGAAAAUAUCAUAUCCAAAAGGAUAAAGAUCGAAGCGGCAGAGUCGUUAUGUACUCGAUCCCGGAGCUUAUUGGUGGCGCCAGUGCGGAAUCCUAUUGUCGAGUUGCUUACUAUGUCUACUUCAACAUUCUCAUUCCGAUCCCAGAAGUGCAGAUGAAAGGACUCGUAUACGUUUUAUACGACAUUUCGAAGAAAGAAAAGCGGCCUACAAUGCCACACAUCAACUUGACAAUGGCAAGCAUCGACAUGAUACUAAGCCUUCCUAUCCGGUUCUCAGCGACACACUAUUGCCUAAAGGCACGCCAAGAAAAGCUUGGUCCAUUCAAUUCAGUACUAAAAAUCGUAUUCAAAGUGGUUGGGGAUUAUUCUUACUGUAAGGUGAGGAGUCGUAUGCAUUAUGGCAGUGACACCGAGUUGCAGUACCAACUUCGGAGCCACGGCAUCAACGUCGACUCUAUCCCCAUCGAUGCGGAGGGCACUCUUCGUGAGGAUAUUCGAAAUGAUUGGCUCUACGAGCGCCUUGCUGGGAUGGGACGGAGUAGCAUUUUUCCUGCAUUGGUAUCAGCAGGAGGAUCCAAAGGGGCCAUUGCAGUCAAUCAUGACGCAGAAACGUUGGUAGGCAAUGCUGUUGCUCAUGGAGCAUCAGGUAAUAAUGUGGAGAAGUAUUCGCCCAUCAUACCUACCGACGGCGACAUCUUGCUCGGACGAGGCCGCUUGGUCCAAUACAAUCCAGGCAAUAUCCACUUUCGAGGGCUGGCUUUCAAGUACAGGGAUGCCUAUGACACUGCUCCUGGACUCAGGAGAAAAGAGAUCGUUUCUGAGGUCAGUGGUAUCAUUAGUUCCGAGGGGAGGCGGUUUCUGAAGCAAAUAGACAGUGGCGUGUGGGUGAAGAGCAAUGAUAAAGAGACCAACACAAAGAUUGCCCAGUUGUUCCGAGAAUUUCGGAAGUUUAAAAAUAAAUGA